AUGGUAGAUGUCAAGGUACGAGACUGGGAUUUGUUGCCUGGAAUACCAGCGCCUUGCCAUGAUGGACACUGGAAAUAUACACCUCUGAGCGCUGCAAUACUAACAGGGAAUCUUAGCGUAGUAAAGACUUUGGUGACUUACGGUGUACAGGCUGUGUUGUUCAGAGCUCAUGGUACAUCUUACCAAUGUAACAGCCUGUAUGAAACAGUCGAUUAUGCAAAUGGGUGGAUACUAACUCCGUUAGCUGCCGCUACGGUCACAAAUGAUCUUACUCUGAUCAAAGAGAUGUUGCACAGAGGAGCGGAUCCCUUUGAUAAUAGCGCUCUUUUCGUAUGCGCUAUGGUUGACUCUAAAGAAGACGUCAUUGCGUUGCUUCUCUCCGUCUUCAGGACUCGAUAUCCAGAUGGAGCGCAAUUCUUUGGAUCGGACGCACUAUAUCGGGCUAUAAGAAGCGGCAAUAUCCGACUGCUCAAACUACUUGCCAAAGACGUCGAUCUUACUGGGCCAGCAAUACGUCGUCAUGCUAAAAGUGGGUUUGAUGGUGGAGUGCUUGACAAUCUUCUACCUCUAGUCAAAGACCUCAACGCUGUUGUACACAGAUCCUACAAGCACGGUAAUAUGACUUCACUACUGUACGCGAUCUCACUGGGUUCAUUGGCGACCGUUCGGAAGCUGCAUCAAGCUGGCGCAGACAUUUCUCUACCAGCCGAAUGGCUUAUCAACCGAACACCGCUACAAGCAGCAUCCGAAUUUGGAAGCAAGGACAUCGCGGAAUACCUCUUACGCAAAGGCGCCAAUGCAGACGAACCUCCAGCAGCCCGCGCAGGAGGAACUGCCCUACAACUAGCUGCAAUCAAGGGAAACAUUGGUAUCGCGACGAUUCUGCUGGACGCAGGAGCUGACAUAGACGCGCCGCCAGCCUUCUGUGACGGCAGAACCGCCUUCGAGGGCGCCACGGAACAUGGACGUAUUGAGAUGAUGAUUUUUCUUGUCGGUCGACGUGCAGAUCUCCUUUCGAAUGGGAAUCUACAAUAUCGACGGGCUGUUGCGUUUGCGGAAGACAAUGCACAGUAUGCCGCUAGAAAGCUCGCGGACGAGUUGUAUGCGAAGCUUUUGGCGAACCAGGGCAUGAGCUUCAUUGAUAUGGGUGCGGAUAUGUGGACUGGCCCCAAUCUGAGCAACUUUGGGGGCUCUUUGUAG